AAGGAAAUGCGUCUGCUGAACAAGGAGCUGCGCCUACAAGACGUCACUCUUAUGUAUCUCACCUUCAUGGCAACGGUGGUGGUGCUCCUGGUGGCAUCUUACCAAGCACCUACCACCUACGCCAGACCAUCACUGACCUAUCACAUGCUGUUAGAUCCAUCUGGUCAGCUGGAGUUGUCCUGGAACAUCAGCUAUCCCACUCAAGAGAUCUACAUAGAGCUGAGGGUAAAAGAGCUUCACCAUGGCGUUCUGCUGGGAAUGUCCGAUCGAGGAGAGCCCACAAAUGCCGACCUGGUCCUUCUCUGGGACGAUGGACACAAAUCCUAUUUUGGGGAUGCAUGGAGUGACAGUGAAGGUCGGGUGAUGUUAGACACCCAGCAGGACUAUCAGCUACUGGAGACUCAUCACUCCAGUGAAGGCUUCUUUCUGCUCUUCAAAAGACCCUUCAGCACAUGUGACCCUCACGACUACGUCAUAGAGGAAGGCACCGUCCACAUAAUUUACGCCAUUUUUGAGCGCCCGGUCCUGUCUUUGCACGAGCUGAACGUGUCCCGUCUCCAACCUGGUGUCCAACCAGUCCUCCUCCUGCGUCCAGACACUCCAGCCCCUCCUCUACCAAGAGAUGUUCGCAGCCUGGAGGUCCUGGCCCCUGAUGUCACCAUCCCCACACAGGAGACCACAUACUGGUGUCACAUCUAUCAGCUUCCCCCAAAUAUGCCCAAGAACCACAUUGUCAUGUACGAAUCUGUCAUUACUCCUGGUAAUGAAGCCAUUGUUCAUCAUAUCGAAGUGUUCGAAUGCUCCCCACAAAUGGACACCGUGCCACAAUACAGCGGUUCCUGCGAUUCUAAGAUGAAACCCCCCAAACUGAAUUACUGCCGACACGUUCUGGCUGCCUGGGCCAUGGGAGCCGAGGCAUUUUACUACCCUGCUGAUGCUGGUUUGCCUUUGGGAGGAGAUGGAUCUUCUAGGUUUCUUCGCCUUGAAGUUCAUUACCAUAAUCCUCUUCUUAUAUCAGGCCGGGAGGACUCCUCAGGCAUUCGUUUAUGGUACACUCCGUCUCUUAGGAGGUUUGAUGCGGGUAUCAUGGAGCUCGGGCUCGUCUACACCCCCGUCAUGGCCAUCCCACCCCGCCAGCACUCAUUCCAGUUGGCUGGCUACUGCACCGCCAAAUGCACACAGACGGCACUUCCUGCAGGAGGUAUACACAUCUUUGCAUCACAGCUGCAUACUCACCUGGCCGGGCUUGGGGUCAGAACUGUCCUGGUACGAGGAGGUAAAGAGACUGAGGUGGUACAAGAGGACAAACACUACAGCACACAUUACCAGAUCAUCCGUGUACUGAAGAAGAUGGUGACUGUUUUGCCAGGUGAUGUGCUCAUAACCAAGUGUAUAUACAAUACAGAAGACAGGAACAAAGCUACCGUGGGCGGCUUUGGGAUUAUGGAAGAGAUGUGCGUCAAUUAUGUGCAUUAUUACCCACGCACGCAGCUGGAGCUGUGCAAGAGUCACGUGGACCCGGAUUACCUGCAGAAAUACUUCAGCAUCAUUAACAGGUUUCAGGCACGUGAGAGCUGCACUUGUCCUCAAACAAGUGUUGAAGAGGAGUUCUCCUCGAUAACCUGGGACUCCUUCAGCGGGGAGGUGUUGAACUCUCUCUACACCUCCUCACCCAUCUCCAUGCACUGUAACCAAUCCACAGCUGAGCUCUUUCCUGGAGAAUGGCAGAAGCAAGAAAUCCCAGUGGUUACAGCAGAACUCCAGAGAGCCCCAUACCCAUGUGAAUUAAACCACCGAUCGACCUCUCUGAAUGAAAACCCUACAGAGGUCAAGCCUCCAAAUAGUGGCUGAUGGCCUCUGCGUCUUGCAGAGCUCAACACUUUACCGGUCUGCUUGCUCACAAACAAAGUGUUGCAGCCGGUACAACAUGGAGGAAAUGUGAUGUAACAAUGAAUGAAAAUAAAUUACCUGAGUGUUUUA